AUGAGCCAUCAUGAUGAUUUAGAAGCCAAUCCUGAAGCAUUGCCAGCUCAGGAAGGACCAAGAAAAGACAAAAAGGCCAGUGAAGAAAUUACCGAGGCUUCACCAAGAGUCAUUCUAGAUGCAAAGUUUGAACCAUUGUCAGCACAAAAAGGAUCAGAAAAGGCCAAUACUCAGCCUUCAAAAGUCAUUCCUUACUAUAAACUCUAUUCUUGUGCAGACACAAUUGAUAUCAUCCUCAUCAUCAUUGGAACAGUUGCUGCAAUUGUUGAUGGCCUUCUUCUGGUAUACAGAAUUCGUUUCUGGGGCCAGACCAUUGAUUUCAUAAGUGACCUCCAUGCAAAGCCUGAGAAGUUUCAUCAAGUCAUUGAGGUUGUAAAAAAGCUACUCUACAUGGGAAUUGCUGCCACAGUAGCUUCUUUCAUCAGAGGAAUCUGCUGGGCUGUCUCUGCAGAAAGACAAGUAUCAAAUCUGCGUUACUCCUACUUAAGAAGCCUCCUCAGACAAGAUAUUACAUUCUUUGAUGAAGAAAUAAAAACAGGACAAGUUAUUGGUAAUAUGUCAAGAGAUAUCGGCAGAACUGAUGCAGCCAUAGGUUACCGGGUGGGCUUGUUCAUAAAACUCAUGGCAACAUUCAUAGGAGGGAUGAUCAUGGCAUUCAGCCAAGCAUGGCAAUUGGCUGCAGUUAUGUGCUGGACAAUUCUGCCAAUCACUUUGUUUGGCCAUUUUGGCAUUAAGAUUUUGAUUAGAGAGUGUGUAAAUGAAGGGGUAGCUUAUGCUAAAGGAGAUUCGGUUGUUCUGGAGGCAUUGGCUUCUAUAAGAACGGUUAUAUCACUGAAUGGCGAGAGACAAACUAUGAGCAAGUACGAGAAAACUCUAGAAGAGGUUCAAAGAUCACUGACACGAGCUGGCAUUGUUGCAGGGGGGAGUAUUAUUUCUUUGAUAGAUUUCAUAGAGUAUUGCGGUUUCUCUUUAAUUAUAUGGUAUGGCUCACGUUUUGUCCUGGACGAUCGUUACUCGAGAGGUGAUCUGAUCACAGUGGCAACAUACAUAAAUUCUGGAACGAGUUGUCUGGUAAAUGCACUUGGGAAUUUUUCAGCAUUCCCUCGAGGACGGGUUGCUGCAUCAAACAUCUUCCGUAUAAUCAAUAGAGAGUCCAGGAUAGAUGCAUUCGAUUCCCAUGGGAAGACUCUAGAUCAUGUUGAAGGAGAAAUUGAAUUUAGAAAUGUUUCGUUUAGAUAUCCAUCAAGAAGGAAUAUUGAAGUUCUUUCUAAUUUCUCAUUAACCAUAACCCAUGGCUCAAAAACUGCUUUAGUAGGAAAGAGUGGAUGUGGGAAGUCAACAGUGGUUAGUCUAAUACAACGGUACUAUGAUCCUGAUUCUGGUGGCAUUUUCAUAGAUGGCUUUGAUUUGAAGGAAUUAAGACUAGAACAUUUAAGAAAGAAGAUUGGACUUGUCAGCCAGGAACCAGUACUUUUUACUCUGUCCAUCAAGGACAACAUUACAUUUGGAAGGGACGAUGUGACAGAAGAAGAAAUAAGAGCUGCCAUAUCACUUGCCAAUGCUGAAAAGUUUCUCAAAGAGUUGCCUCAGGGACUUGACACAAUGGUUGGUGAAAAUGGAGUUCAGCUUUCAGGAGGACAGAAACAAAGAAUCGCCAUAGCUCGAGCUAUUCUGAAGAACCCACGCAUAAUCCUCCUGGAUGAAGCGACUAGUGCAUUGGAUUUAGAGUCACAACAGAUAGUCGUGGAUUCAUUAAACAAGAUUUCUGUUGGCAGAACAACCUUGCUUAUAACUCAUCGCAUGAGUACCGUAGCAAAUGCAAAUAAGAUAUUUGUUCUUGAACGUGGGUCCAUUGUUGAAGAAGGUACAUACUCCGAACUUAUGGAUCAAAAUGGUCCAUUUUGUCAACUGAUUCAGAUGCAGAAUAUCAGAGAAGAAUCCAAUAAAGAAAACUCAAUUGGUCCUUUCUCUAUGAGCGAAAGGGCAUCUUUGAGAAAAUCUUCGGGAGAUGUUUUUCCAUCAUCGGAAAUAUCAUACCCAUCAAAGAAGACCAUUAUUAAGUUUUGGAGAUUUGUAAGAUUGAAACAGGUUUUUUUUCUAUUUCUUGGUCUCGUUGCAACUAUAACCAAGGCCUUGAUACCUAUAAUUUUUGGUGUUAUUAUUGCCUACGUGAUUGGAGCAUUCAAUCUGGAAGCUGGAAGGCUUCAAAAGGAAAUCAAAUUUUGGUGCAUAAUCAUUGCAGUAGUUGCUCUAAUAUCACCGGUGGCAGCAGUUAGUCAGAAAUAUAUCCUAAUUCAGGCUAGUUGUUGGUUAUUGAGGGUAGUAAAUCCCCUAUGUUUCAACAAGAUUGUGCACAUGGAAGUUGAUUGGUUUGAUCAUGUGGAUAACUCAAGUGGAGCACUUAGCUCUAGAUUGUCCACAAUUGCGGAAACACUAACCAAAUUUAUUAGGGACGCAGCUCCACAGGUUGUUCAGCAUGCAGUUACAGUAAUUGCUGGUCUUGUUGUGGUUUUAUCUGGAUCGUGGCAGCUAGCUGUUCUUAGCUUAGCAUUUAUACCUCUUGUUCUUUUCAACGGAUGGUUAGAACUUAAAUUCAAUGGAAACUCCAGUAAAAUAAUCAAGGUUCUCUAUGAGGAAGCAGGACAAGUUACAAAAGAUGCAGUUGAGCAUAUCAGGACUGUUGCAUCAUUUAGUGCUGACAAACAGGUGCUGCAACUAUUCAAGCUCAAAUGUGAAGGCCCCUUGAAGAAGAGAAUCAAAUGUGCUUAUGCUGAAGGAGCUUCAUAUGGGUUAUCAUCCUUCCUUUUGUAUUUCAUCUAUGGAGCAACUUUUUAUGUUGGGGCCAAUCUUAUAAGGGAUGGAAGAGCAACUAGUACUACUUUUUACCUUGCACUUUUUGCACUGACAGAUGAAGUACUAAAUGUCACCAACUGGCUAGGACUCUUAAAAGAGUUCAACGUUGUCAAGCCCUGUUUGAGAUCUGUCUCUUCCAUUCUCAAUCUUGAAUCAAAGUUAGAUUCAUCAUUGGAUACAGGCUUGACCAUUGAGAGCCUAAAAGGAAGUAUAGAAUUCCAGCAUGUAAACUUCAGUUAUUCAUCAAGGCCACACAUUCAAGUGCUUAAGGAUUUUUGCUUGUCUAUUCCUGCAGGCAAGACUGCAGCACUCGUGGGAGAAAGUGGUUCCGGAAAAUCAACUAUAAUUUCUUUGCUUCAGAGAUUUUACAACUUUAACAGUGGCCUAAUUCUGAUUGAUGAUAUUGAGAUUCAGAAGCUAAACAUUAAUUGGUUACGGAAGCAAAUGGCUUUGGUGUCUCAGGAACCAGCUUUAUUUGAUGACACAAUCAAGGCCAACAUCACUUUUGGAUUGGACCGUGAUGUGUCUGAAGCUGAGAUUAUAUCUGCAGCUAGCCUAGCAAAUGCUCAUCACUUCAUAAGUAACCUGCCACAGGGUUAUGACACUGAAGUUGGACAACGCGGGGUGAAAUUAUCUGGCGGACAAAAGCAAAGGAUUGCAAUAGCACGAGCAAUAGUGAGGAGACCAAAAAUCUUGCUGCUGGAUGAGCCAACCAGUGCACUUGAUCUCUCAUCUGAACAAGUUGUUCAAGAGGCACUUAAUGAGGUGAUGGUGAAUCGAACGACAAUAGUGGCAGCCCAUCGAUUAUCAACAAUUAAGCAUGCAGACAUUAUAGCAGUUAUGAGACAUGGAGUCAUUGCAGAACUUGGAACUCAUGAAUCUCUGCUAAAGUCACAAAAUGGCAUAUAUGCUUCUCUAGUAGCACUAAGCUAG